UUGGUGGCCAGCACCGACGGCGUGGGCACCAAGUUGAAAAUCGCGGCCCAACUCGGUCACUACGAAGGUGUGGGGCAGGAUCUGGUGACCCUGAACGUCAACGAUAUUCUAACCAAAGGCGCCCGUCCGUUAUUUUUCCUGGACUACGUUGCAUUCAGCGCGAUGGACGAGCAUCGUCUGGAGAUGCUGAUGCGCGGCAUGGCCUGGGGGUGCCGGGAGGUCGGUUGUGCUUUGAUCGGCGGCGAGACUGCCCAACUGCCGGGAGUCUACAGCGAUGCAGAUUUCGACCUGGCGGGUUUUGUGGUUGGGGUGGUCGAACGAAGCCAGUUGCUGGACGGCAGCGCCAUCCAGCCGGGAGACAGGUUGGUUGGAAUCCCCUCCAGUGGCGUGCAUACCAACGGAUACUCCCUGGUACGCCAGGUGUUCAAUCUGGACAACGAUCCUGAGGCGUUGUUUAGGAAACCCGAUGGCCUGGGCAGAAAUCUUGGCGAUGAGCUGAUGGUGCGUCACCGGGCCUAUUACCCACUCCUGGAGCCAUUCCUGGGGUAG